CGCUCGAGCCUCUGCUGCGCUGCAGAGACGACAGCCCAGGCUGCGGCGCGCAUCUGGGCUCCGAGGAAGUUGACCGAGGCUCUGCGGCAGGAUUUCGGAGUCCGGAUUGCACGAAGCCGGCUUAGCAGUAGCCUCCUGGCACCAUCCGGACCGCCUCUAGCGUGCUCCACUUUCCAUCUGCUAUUGUUCCAGAUUGUUUCUGGCGGUGAGCCUUGCUCUGAAACUUAAGAAAGUGCUAGAUUUCCCCUUGUUCGACUGAGGAAUCGCAGACCACAUCUGGGUAGCUGGAUGCAACCCAGCCACAGCCCUGUUGGAUACCAAAGUGCUUACUCCUGUCCAAAGUGCCAUGCCUGAACUGCUACAGGGAAGAGGCAGCUCCUGAGACCCGCACCUGUGCGCUUGCUUGCCUGCCUUGCGUUUCUCCUUCCCGGCCACCUUCCUGGACACAGGCAGCACCGAGAAAGUCCUCGGAUGUGUGCCGCGGAAACUGGUUCUUGGAGACUGGCGAACUGAGGCUGGAUUUGAGGGAGGAAUAUUAGACUUGGAGGAGUCUGCGCGCUUUUCUCCUCCCAGUGCAACGCGCGGUCGCCGCUAGUUCAUCGCAGGGUCCCCGCGCUCACUCCCCACCCCACCCACUUCCUGUGCUCGCCCAGGGGGCGUGUGCGUGCUGCUGCCGGAGUUCUGGGAAGUUGUGGCUUUCGAGAAUGGGGGUCUGUGGGUACCUGUUCCUGCCCUGGAAGUGCCUCGUGGUCGUGUCUCUCAGGCUGCUGUUCCUUGUACCCACAGGAGUGCCGGUGCGCAGCGGAGAUGCCACCUUUCCCAAAGCUAUGGACAACGUGACGGUCAGGCAAGGGGAGAGCGCCACCCUCAGGUGUACAAUUGACAACCGAGUUACCCGGGUGGCCUGGCUAAAUCGCAGUACCAUUCUCUAUGCUGGAAAUGACAAGUGGUGCCUAGAUCCUCGUGUGGUCCUCCUGAGUAACACCCAGACCCAGUACAGCAUCGAGAUCCAGAAUGUGGAUGUGUAUGACGAGGGUCCUUAUACCUGUUCGGUGCAGACAGACAACCACCCUAAGACCUCCAGGGUCCACCUCAUUGUACAAGUAUCUCCCAAAAUUGUGGAGAUUUCUUCAGAUAUCUCCAUUAAUGAAGGGAACAACAUCAGCCUCACUUGCAUAGCCACAGGCAGACCGGAGCCUACAGUAACCUGGAGACAUAUUUCUCCCAAAGCUGUCGGCUUUGUGAGUGAAGAUGAGUACCUGGAAAUUCAGGGCAUCACUCGGGAGCAGUCAGGGGACUAUGAGUGCAGUGCUUCCAAUGAUGUGGCUGCCCCAGUGGUGCGGAGAGUGAAGGUCACCGUGAACUAUCCACCAUACAUCUCAGAAGCUAAGGGUACAGGUGUCCCCGUGGGGCAGAAGGGGACUCUACAGUGUGAAGCUUCAGCAGUCCCUUCAGCAGAAUUCCAGUGGUUCAAGGAUGACAAGAGACUGGUUGAAGGAAAGAAAGGAGUCAAAGUGGAAAACAGACCCUUCCUCUCAAAGCUUAUCUUUUUCAACGUCUCUGAACACGACUACGGGAACUACACGUGUGUGGCUUCCAACAAGUUGGGCCAUACCAAUGCCAGCAUCAUGUUAUUUGAACUAAAUGAGCCUACAAGCUCAACUUUAUUGCAAGGCCCGGGUGCUGUUAGUGAAGUGAACAAUGGGACGUCAAGGAGGGCAGGCUGCAUUUGGCUCCUCCCUCUUCUGGUCUUACACCUGCUCCUCAAAUUUUGAUGGGGGUCCCAGUUCCUGCUGGGGAGAGCUGCCGCCACUGCAUCUCAAUACAACAGCACCGCAACACGACAGCGACAAGUCAGAAUCCAGUGAAAUUCAGAUAAUCACAGCCAAUGGGACAGAAUUCGAGGGAGGGGAACAAACAAUACCGUGGGAAGGAAAAAAGCUUAAAAAAAAAAAAAGGAAAUUUGAAAAUUGCCUUGCAGAUAUUUAGGUACCACUGAGUUUUCUUUCUUCCCCCAAACGGGAAGAAGGCACACCUGGCUUGGACCCACCCACAAGCUGCACUGUGUGACCUCUCUGUUGCCAGGGUGGGCAAGGGCUCAGCCACUCUGCCCACUAAAGUGCCCCACCAUGGAACAUUCUGGAGUCGGCCACCCGAAAUUCCAUCGGUCCAUAGAGACAAGCACAGAGUGAGAAACAGGGGCCUAGAUGUACCGCAGAGGGCCCUUUGGUGGGCUGCGCCGUGGUGGCAUGUGUCAUGAAGUGUGAAAUCAGAAGAAAAAAACAAAGGACAACAACAACAGAAAAAAAGAAAGAAAAGGAAACAAGACAGCCUGACAGCUCCAUAAUCUCACAAGCGACAGUCACAAAACAAUAUUGUUAAACUUUUGUUUUCUCAUUUUACCACAUGGACAUCAUGGAUAAUAAGGGAUUCUGAUUCAUUAUUGAUUUUAUUAAUUAUAUUUUCUGAUAUGAGUCUAGAACUUAGUGCAAAAGCAAGAGACAAAACUAAGAAUACACAGCAGAGGGGAGAGGAGAAGUGUGUUUAUUAAGCAUUAAAAGCAAAUAGUGUACUUUUUACCUAGGUUUACAACUGGUGGACCACACACCCGGUCCUAACCACCCGGUGAGGAUUUGGAAAAUCCACCAGACACACAUCUGAUUUAACACACACUCCACCAGCGUUACAGCUUCCUCCUCAUUCUGGCGUUACAUUCAUGCAGACAGCACUAUGGUAUCUGCCUACUGCUUAGAAAUGGAAGGUUGAUCUGCACUCUAUCUUGGUUUGUUGGCUAUGCUUCUUUUGAUGACAUAUAUUAUACAGUAUAUAUAUAUACAUAUAUUUUUUUUGUUAGAGUUCUAGCCAUUUUGUUUCUCAGCAGGGUCCUUUCUCAGACAUUACUGCAUGCUGUAUAUGGCGUUAGCUGUGUGUUGAUCUUCUAAAAGAUGAUAGAGUUUACUGGUAAUUGUGUAAUCAGAUCCUUCCUCUUUUUUUCUCGGGUUAUUUACAUGUCAGAGACAUUUCUAAAAAGCAGAAAGGACAACAGAAACAAUAACUAAUACCAGGCGCAGCAUCUUUUCAGGUGUGGCUCUCUGAGGCAGAGGCCACCAGCUUGGCUUCCCCAUCACACCUUGGGGCAUUAAUGGACAGCAAGCAACUGAACCAACUAAACCAACAGUCAGUAAUCACUUGCUUUAGCCCAUUACGGGGAAUCCCUGAUGCCUUUGUGACUACUGGAGAACUUAAUCCUCUUGGUUUAUUUUAUUUAAUUUUCCACCUUCGUGUGAGUGUGUAUGAAAGAGAAGAAAAAUGCAGUUUUUAGGUAACCAUUUUUUUCCUUCCCUGAAGUCUGGGGACCAGAAAGGCCUCGGGGAGGGGUCCUGGAUGUGAUGAGGGAAAGUGGGGGUUGGGGGAUAGGGGAGGGAUGGGUUGUCUCUGACUUGACAUUAAAAAGUGUUCCAUGUCCCUCUUCACUUGGUGUGAUACCUCAUUCUGUAAUGGGGUGGGGGUGUGAAUUUGCCUGGCUGGCUGAAUAAUGGAGGUGGGGAUGCUGUACUGCUCCUGGGAGGGGCAGGAACUUGCCUUGGCAAGUGUUCAGCUAAAUAGACAGUGGGGUUUGAGACUUCCCCCAUCCUCCCUGCUGAUGCAAGGACAACCAAAAUUUUGUGGGGACCUUGUCUUCAAUACCUUCAGGGAGUCUUGUUGGAAACUAUCACCAUCCUGCUGUUCAUCAGUUCCCUUGUGGGUCAGAUAGUCAAGUCUGGUCACCGCUGUUAGUUCCAAUGAUUUCAUCAUGGUGUUUAUGAAAUAACCCCAAAUCUUAUGAAUUAAGAUUCUGAGGACUGACUGCCUUCCAUGUUGGCCACCACCACUCCCAAACCUCACUUAGACACAUAAAUUAAGAGGAAAGAAAGGUUUUAAUAUAACAAUAUUCAAGUAAUUCUAAGACAGAUUCUGGAAAUGAAACAAUAGAAGAUUGAUUGUGAGUCAGAAAUGAGGUGUUGGCCUGAUAAGUCAGGAAUUACAGCCCUUGUGAAUUUAGGCCUUGCCUGAAAGGAGUCAGGGUAUUUGUAAGGAGUACUGGCAUUUCCAGCCACCACUAGCAACACUGACAUGGAAUCCCUGGCUUUAUUUCUCUUUGUACCUUCACUGGAAAUUUCAUGGACCAGACAACUUAAUAGUGUAUGGAACAGUCUGGCUAGGUCUUGUAGACAUGGGCUGCAUUGGUCUUACCCCUGCCCUGCCCUGUCCCAGAACCACUGGAAGUAGUGGGUCUUAUAUUUUCUUAGGAUGCAAAGUAUGAGCAGAAAGGUGAGACAGGAAUUAAAAGCAGAGAGUGAUUUAUGAGAUGCAGCAGGUAAGCAGAAUGGGACUUAUUUCCAAAACAGGGCUCUCCUGGAAUGGAAAAAGUAUAAGGAGUUGAUGCUGGGAAGCCUGUAACCACUUAUUCAUAUAGGAAAGUACUUUAUAGGUCGGCCCAGAGACACAAACCCAUUGUUUUCUGUUAUACUGUGUGCUCAAUUUUCUAUAAGCCUAAAACUGCUCCAAGAAAUAAAGUCAAUACUUUCUUAAUUAUAAGGGCAAAAAGAAUGAAGGUGCCAAGUGAGAGUUUCUAACCCUCCCAUGCUUCUGUUCACACUGGAGGAUUUAGCUUACACAUCACAGCUCACUGGAAUUAAGCAGAGAAAGCAUGGGUGAGUCUCUUGUUUCUAAAGUGGAAGCCAGAAAUCUUCCUGGAGAGGCUGUGUCAGAACAGUUGCAAAGAUACACUAUCCAAGCUUCACUUACUGAGACAAGAGAACACAACUCCCACCUCUGUUGGAAUAGAUUUCUCUUUCAAAUAUACCACCGCUAGAUAUCCAUGAGCUGCUACUAUACUACCAUUUGCUGACAUUACCAAUAUUCUUGUCACUAAUCAUACCUUAGAUCAACCUAUGACCAUCAUGCCCUGUGUUAAUAUCAGCCAGGACCAGCACUGUAAGGCAGCAUUGAUGAGUAAGACUUAGUCCUAUCACUGUCAAUUCAUGCUCCUUUUUCCUUGUGGAUCUUUGGUGAUAAGGUUAUGAAUGAACAUGUUCUUGCGAGAGCAUUUUCCCAUCUCUGAUGGGCUAUUGUAUCUUAGAAGUGAAAGUUUCUUCUCUGGUUAACAGAUCUAUGAGUCCCAGAUUGCUUGGAAAACUCAAAGUGAAUGGCACCCUCCUUCCCCAGCCUUCAAGUCAAUUGAGGGUUCAUCACAGGUGCAGGUAGGAGCUGAUAGGAACUUAGAGAAAAAAACUCUUGGGCCUUCCUUUGUUGGAAACGAUAAUCUGCUGGACGUGUUUAUUAGAAUCUGUGGAAACAAUCAUCCAGAAUAGAACCUGUGGUGACUUUUUACUUCGUGGCAAAUAGAAUAUAAGUUCAAGUAUACUGGACCACUUGUAACUCACAGAUGAGAAACCAUCCUACUUUAGAUCCACUCCAUCCAUCUCAAUAUUAGGAUGUCCCUUAGGGAAACUGCCAUCAGAGACUGCAAAUUACUAUACCAUGGCAGCCUAUAUGAAUGUAAAGAGGACAGCUGUAGACAAACAAACCCUAGUCAUUUUCACCAACAUUCCUUUAGUUCUCUUCACCUUCAAACAGAACAGGACAUACAGAUGUGCAAUGUGUUUCCACCCCCCCCAUAAAUGAGUCUCCCACACACAUACUCUCCACAGUGGGUCUGCAUGUCUAUCUUGGAGCAUGAUGACUACCCAUUCAAAGUUUGCCCUCUGACCUGUAGACAGUACCAAUUGGGAGCUAUGUUCGCAGUGAUGCACUAGUGACCACAUUGUGUGCUGUGGUUGGUGAUGGUAAAUGCCAGUUAUUUCUCUUCGAGAGGGCGAUAAGAUAGUGGAUGAAUUAACACAGAGAUCUGGUUGCAUGUUGGCACAUUUCACUAGCCUCUUCCAUCUUCAUUUUCUACUUUCUGGACCUUGAAUUUAUCUGGGAAGACAGUAGCCCUUGUCAAUCACAAGAAAAUACUGUAUAGAUGCUUGAUUAAAAAGUGUACAGUGUGAGCUCAGCAAAACAUGGAUGGUUUUCUAAUACUGCAAUUGUUAAUAAAAAAUGAGCUACUUGUCAUUUAAAGAGAAAAAUAUAUGCAAAGAGAUGAUUAUGGAAAACUAGCAAUCUUUGUUCAUGCAGAACCACAAUACCAGGUGACAAGUACACUUGGCCAAAAGCAUCUGUACAUGCCAGUCAUUUUCCUUUAGCAGACAAUCAGCUUAGAACAAUUGACAUCAGUGGUGUCUGAUAAAGGGAAUAAAAUCAUCUCUUUUCAAUUUACAGUUUUUAAAAUUCUAAGCCAAAUGCAAGAGCUAAUUUGACUCAGACCUUGUUCAUUGGUAUUUGAUUGUGUGGUUAGUAUUUCCUUUGUUAUUCUUUGGCUCCCCAAUCAAGCCACUCAAAGCAUUAGAUCUUCCUUCUCUCUAUUCUUAAUUCAAACAUUAUUUCCAUGAGCACUUGACUUCAUCCUCCUGUAAGGCACUAAAUGCAAAUUAAUAUCCUCAUGAUUUGUGAAUAAGAACUCUCUGAGUCUCUGCAUUUGUCUCCUACAUCUUCAUGAGUCUCCCAUCAUGCCUAUAUCCCAUGGUUUGAACCUUUAUAGAAAAGACCCCUUAUUUCCUGAGCUCAAGUUUAGAUUAGUUCUUUUAGUUUAAGUCUAAUGCAUUCUGAUACAUCAUCCUUCAUGAAGGUGACCUGGUUUGGAUUUAGCUUUUGAAUGCUGACUAUCCCCGUGCAAGCUUGCAAAUAACUUGAAUAAUUUCUUCUGGCAUAUGGUAAAAGUAUAUGAGUUCAUCUCUAUAAUUUGGAGGUUGUUGAUGUUUUUAUAAUGAAUAUUCCUCUAUCUAUGCAUCUCUCAUAUAUUUGAUUAAAGUUUCCUAGAGUGGCCAUAGCA